CAAGGAGGAGAAAAUGCUUCCCCACACAUCAAGACGAGAGACCGGCAUGGUAACGUCGUCACCUGGCUCCUAUCCUCUUUCCAUCGAUACCUCGCGGCCCUCGUCCAGCCAGCGACGCUCCUCUCCAUGCCACAGAUCUGCCCAUCUCGAGAGGCUCCCCACCCUCCCCCUGAUGCUACUGCUCCUCCUGCUGAGGCUGGACCCUUCCCUAAGUGCCGCAUCCAAGAUGCCCGCGAGGCCGAUGUCCCACCAAGAAGCAUUCUUUCUUUCACCCCCUCACGCAAGCAGGGCAUCGUUGCCGCUGCCAGGCCGUCUAGCUAUGAGGAGGUUCAGCGGCGAUGUGGCGGGUGAUGGUGUGAGGACGAGGGUGGCGGCUGGGCCGCUUGAGAAAGAGUCGUCAGCAGCUGAGGCGAGCAGCGGCGACGUGGACACAUCGCGGAGGAAAGGGGGGCUGUUUGGCGGUCUGUCGUGGCAGUCGGUGUUGCAGAGUGCGAUGCUGCUCAUGGUGCCGCUGGCGCUGCCCUUCUGCGCUGCCCCCACGAUGCCGGCCUUCGCCACCGAUCCCGUCAAAGUGGGAACCUGUCUGCUGCAAAAGUGCAACCUGCAGGUGGGAGGGGAGGGGAGAAGAUGGUGUGCUUGCCUGGAAAGGAUCUGUCUGUGUGUGGCUGUGUGGAUGCUUGCAUUAAUGCAGUUGGCUCAGUGUUUGCUGAACCCCCGGUGUGCGGCUGACAUCGUCUGUCUAAACCUCUGCAACAACAAGCCUGACGAGGCAGAGUGCCAGGUAGACACACACACACACGGUGCGCAUCGACGAGGUCGGAUGGCACAAGUUGUGCCUGUCUGUCUGUCUGUCAGGUGAAGUGCGGUAAUUUGUUUGAGAACGAGGUGGUGGGCAAGUUCAACGCUUGUGCGGUGAGCGACAAGAAGUGCGUGGACCAGAAGAUGGACGACGGCAGCUACCCCGACAUCCCCUAUGAGGCCUUCAAACACGACUUCGACACCGACCUGUUCAAGGGCAGGUGGUACAUCUCCGCGGGACUCAACCCCAUCUUCGACAUAUUCGACUGCCAGGUACGCUGUCUCUCUCACACACACACACACAUCCAUCCAUCCUCUCUCUGUUGCUGUCCUCUGUCUGUCAGGUUCAUUUCUUUGACGCGCCUAGCCCCGGGCGCAUCUACGGGAAGCUCUACUGGCGCAUCACGGAGCCCGACGGUGAGUUCUUCACUCGCGACACGGUGCAGCGGUUCGUGCAGCAGGAGGACAAGGGGCUGCUGUUCAACCACGACAACGAGUACCUGCACUACCAGGAUGACUGGUACAUCAUCGACUACGAGCCUGACGACUUCAUUGCCAUCUACUACCGGGGGAGGAACGACGCAUGGAUCGGCUAUGGAGGGGCCGUGGUCUACUCGAGAGACGCUGCCUUUCCGGAGAGACACAGAGAAAGGUCAGACAGACAGCAACCGUGGGCAGAGGGAGAGAGAGAUCAACAAGGGGGAGGGGCCAAGGUGUUAACAAAUGUGUGUGUCCUGGCUGCAGGAUAAGUAACGCUUUUUCCAAGGCGGGCGUCGAUUUCCAGAAGUUUGCGCUGACCGACAACUCGUGCAGACCCCUGGUGAGCCGAGCGCAGACAGAGACACCGGGGCGUCAGCCGCCUGUUUGCAUCUCUCUCCCUCUGUUUUUUUAUGUGAUGUGUGUGACAUAAAUCAGGACAAGUCUCCGUCCUUCUUGCGUGCUCAGUACGCCAAGAAGCUGCUGCUGAAGGCAGAGCGGAACAUCCAGGAGGAGCUCACUUCUGUCAGAGGGUCAGUGAAUGCAGUGGGUAGCUACACACACACACACACACACACAUACAUCCCUAUCCACAGACACACUUAUCCCGCUGUGUCGCUCGUUAUGUGUGUCAGCUACGCCGCCAACACGCUGCUGCGUGAGGAGAAGGAGUUCCAGGCUGCCGUAACCAACCUCGAGACACAGAUCAAAGACUAUGAGGUCACAUCACAUCCAGCACACACAAGCGGAGAGGAACGUUUUGACAGCGAAUCUAAUCUCCAUGUGUGCGCGCUGCGUUUGCAGAAUCAGUUUGUGUUCAGCGCUGCGCGCGAGCUCGAGGAGCUGCUGCGGCCCCUGUUUUCCCUUGGAAGGGGCGGCAAGGAGGAGCUGGUCAACAAGCUCUAAUCGACGGCGCGUGCGUCGGCAGUUUGGGUGGUUUGUGAAUGCAGUCUGGCUGCAGUGCAGUUCCAGUGCAGUGGAUGCACAGAGAGAGUUUAUCAUGAUGAGAUACAGACAGCAAUCAAUGGUCAGACAGGCUAGCUAGGCUGAUGACGACGACUGCCUUCACGUGUGUGUGUGUCCAAGCAGAGGGUUUUUUGGUGCAUACGUCUGUCUGUCUACUGGUACAGUUGUUGCAGCUGAUGAUGGUGACUGAGGUAUCUAGAUGGAUGAAGACUGACUGCGUUUUGUGCCGAUGAUGACUGACUGACUGAGGUAGCUGAGGGGGUAUGUAAUGCAUUUGACUGACUGACACUGAAUCGACUUGCCGCGCGAGUAUUUUUCGGCGCGAGGGCUCGGCAGACAACCAACCAAGCAACCAACCCAAAGAGCUGACUACUGCCUGAGGGCGGCGUGCGUGCCGUGAGCGUUUUUGCCACACACCUGGACAGACUCCUCGAUCAUCCCACGCAUAUGCGCGCGUCAACAGCUGUUAG